UUUGGAGAAAUGAUUAAGAAGAAUUACUACAGAGAGAAAUGGAUGGUUUGAAGCAUGAGCAGGCAGUUGAAAGAGACGAUGUUUGCGACUUGGUAUGUUUGCACAGACGACUGGAGCGAAACAAAGCACUCGGAACGAUAAAGAAUGCGUUGAGCGAGGGUCCACAGGCUCAAUUGUGGAAGGAAUUUUGACGCAAACAUAGCUUACAAAAAACUCUGUUUAGCAAGGACAAACAUCUCUUCAGCUUACCUAUUCCAGCUGAAAAAGUGGUUCAUAAAGUUUUGAUCAAAGAACCAAAGUCGAAAGAGCAAUCACGACAAACUGUGGCUAUCAUUGGACAAAAUGUUAUACGAAAUUGCGAAUUUGGAAACUAAAUGAAAGAAUGUGGUUCAAUGACGUACUGAUCAAUUCGUUUCAGCAGCUGUUUCAAACCGAUGUGAAUAGCGCGAGACCAAGACGAUUGCUUUGUUUAUCGACUUUCUUUUUUUGAACAAUACUCUCGAAAAGGUUGCCAUGAGGUAAUGAAGUGGACUGCAAAGGAAGAUGUGUUUCAGUUUGAAAUUAUUGCAGUUCCAGUUCAUCUUAGAAACCAUUGGAUUGAAGUGGUACUUGACGUUGGCGAAAAAUGUAUUCGUGUGUAUGAUUUGCUUGGAAAAUUUUGCCAUGAUAUUGCAAAUAAGUUGAGGCAAGAAUGUUCAGAUAUGAGCAUUUAUAUGUUUUCGCUAUUACAUGUGAUGUUUGCAUAUCAAUUGACUGCAUAUCUUUACUCCUUAGAACAUGAUGGCGGCGGCUGUAGGAAAUCCUUUCUUGUCAAUCAUAGUUGAACCUAGUCAGUCUUGCAAAUGGCUUGCCUUUUGCAUUUUAAUAGGUGAUGAAAGAACGAGAAAAGGCAACAAAGAAAUUCGUUUAGAAAAAUCUGCAAAUGUAUUGGCACCAUCUGCGACUUUGCAACAGCUUAGACAAGAGCCUCAUAAACCGUCGAACACCAUGAUGACCGACGAUCAUACAGGAGUUCAAUCUCAAAUUCAGAGUGUCACCGCCAUCAGCGGUUCUCCUAAUUUCGAGAAAAGCGAUUUGCGGCCUAGAAAGAAGACACCAAAAUAUAUCGACUUCGACGCCGAAGACAAUGAAAUAGCUCUAACUAUGCAAGGGACAAGCUCUAUGGCAGAAUUUGAAAAAGAUCUAAACAAUGACAAUGGAUUGGAGACAUUGACUAGUCAGACUGUAGACGAGAGUCCAAAAAGAGAGAAAAGAAAACGAGUCAAGUUUUCAAACGCAACAGGGGCUAAAAAAGAAGAAUUGAGCCAGAAACUAUAGAAAUCAGUGACGAUAAUGACAAACGAACAACCACAAGGAAAAUGUCAUUAACCACACCUCGGUGGUUAUCACAAAUGUUAGUAGCUAAUUUAGUAAGCUCAGUCAUCAUAGAAUAAUAACAUGCAAGGAAACAUGUAAAACAGGCAACUUUACUACAUAACUACACCCCCAAAC